GUGGCCUUUAUCCUCGCCACCUCGGCCGAAACAAUCCCGAGGGAGCUCAAAUGGACUGACGAUACGUUCGGGCCAGAUGGGCCCUGGCGUGCAAUCCAUGUACAAAUGGGAUAUGAAGAAACUUCAAUCGGCCUCUUCCCUGGCAGCGCCUGGGAGACGUGGUUAAUCGAUGACAAUUACUGCCAAACAGGUACCUGUUAUGCCUCCAAGGCUGGUACCUAUGACAAAUCCUCAGGCGACGACGGGGGCAUCCGGUUAGAUGGCGGUCUCAACAGCUUCAUGCUCGGCUUGAACCUUGAGGGCGAGCCAGGCACUCGAUAUUUGGACGACAUGUCGUUGAACGGCAUCACGGUGGAAAACGUGAGUCUUGUCCUGUUGGAGUCCCAGAUGAUCAGAUAUCCCGGCGGGCAAACAUCGCCGUUCUUCGCUGGCUGUCUGAGCUUAGGCGGUACUGGCGCGACAAACCAGACUUUCACCCUAGACGAUGCUCCCGCCAUAAAUGCCAGUCUCCCGCCAGGCUGGAUGUGGGAAACCGAGUGGACACCAUCCAACUCUUUCGGCAUGCACAUUGGAUCGGUACAGCCUGCCAUGUCUGGCUCUCUCUGGUUCGGGGGCUACGACCAGAACCGCGUCGUGGGAGACAUCCUCAGUAUGAAGGGAAAUCCUAGAAAUGGCAUCACACUCUGGGACAUUGGUAUCGAGGAUAUUGGAAACAAUUCCCUUUUCGAACCCGGCGCCGAGGAUAGCCUUCUUGCCAAAGGGAAUUCCUCUAUCGUGAGUGGGCUCAAGGUCUCGAUAGACGGCUGCUCGCCCUAUCUCACUCUUCCCAAAUCCACUUGCGACAACAUCGCCACCCACCUCCCAGUGAGUUUCAACGAAGAUCUUGGUCUAUAUCUCUGGGACACAAAGUCGGACAAGUACCACGACAUCAUCAACUCCGCUACAGCCUUGAGCUUGUCAUUUAUUUCCGGCUCCAACACAAAGCUGGUAAAGAUACGCGUUCCUUUUCUGCACCUCAACCUAACUCUAUCGGCGCCCCUCGUCAACGAACCAGUUCCUUACUUCCCAUGCCAUGUCAACGACAAAGGGGUAUAUGUUCUAGGCCGAGCAUUCCUCCAAGACGCCUUCAUAGGGGCCAACUGGGACCCCUCCGCCGAGACUUGGUGGUUAGCUCAAGCCCCAGGUCGUAAUAUCCAAGCCACCACGAAUGUCGUAUCGAUCGGAAAGGAAGACAAAACCAUCGUCAAGGGUGGUAAUGAUUGGAAGGUAUCCUGGGAUGGAGUCUGGAACGAUGACUCCGAUGAGCAAGCCCCCUCGAGCACUCCAACGAGCGACGCCAAUGACAAAGAGAAUAACAAAGAGAAUAACAAGGAUGGCAGGGGCGAGAUGUCAACUGGCGCCAAGGCUGGUAUCGGUAUUGGCGGCGCUGCUGCUUUCCUAGCGCUUGGGCUUGGAGCAUUCUUCUUCUGGCGUCGGCGUCGAAGCCAAGCCCAGCCGACACAAACACCAUCUGCCACCUCCCCAAAAACAGCGUCAAGCGAACCGCUUCCAAAUGAAAUGCCGAACCACGAGAUGCAGCACGGAUCAUCAUCGCCUUACCAAAGAUACGAGAUGCCUUCCUAAACCUGCAGCGGAUGUAUUAAUAUUCGGUUCUUAGGCUAGCCAUGGUAUUUUUUGGGUGGAACUUCUUCCAUUUGAUCGCGUUAUGCUUCGGGCUUAAUUGGUUCUUGUUGUUUCCUAGCUACUGCUUUUUCAGUUUAUAUUUAGAGAGCCCCACUGAGGAUACAGCAGGAGGUUUCUAC